CUGAAAAUGCACAUAAUUUUUGGGCAUAGCUGCAUUAUUUUUGUGACUUUGUAGACACGCAGCACCAAUUCAAUGAGCAAGAAAGGGAUUGGGGUUUCACUUCCCUCAUACGUCUCGGUAAAUUGCAUGAUCCUCGUAGAGGGUAUCUUAUGAAUGAUACUCUUGUAGUUGAAGUUGAAGUAACAUGCAAUGUGGAUGAGAAAGACACGGCUGAGCAUAUAAUGGAGAGGUUGAAGAAAGAACUCAGUGGAAAAAAGCACAAAAAUAAAGAAAAGGAAGAGACUCACCUCCACACUAUUAUAAAGGUUGUACGAGAUGAAGACCUUGCAAAACAGGUUGGAAAGUAUAUAUAUUUUGAUCUCGUAGACUAUGACAAAGUGAGGAUUUUCCAUGUUCAAAAGCAGAUGUCAUUUAACAUUUUCAAGGAAGAGGUUGCUAAAGAGUUUUGCAUACCAGCUCAAUUCCAGCGCUUUUGGGUAUUUGCAAAGCGUGAAAACGAUACAUGUCGUCCAUUUCGUCCGUUGACACGCAUUGAGGAAGCAGGACCUGUUGGAGAACUGAAAGUGGUAAACAAAGUUCACAAAGCAGAAUUAAAAUUGUUUUUGGAAGUGGAGCAUGGACCGGAUUUGUGUCCCAUUGAACCUCUCCAUAAGGUAAAGGAUGAUAUGUUACUUUUUUUCAAGUUAUAUGAUCCUGAAAAAGAGGAGCUACGUUAUGCUGGAAGGUUCUUUGUGAACUGUACUGAUAAGCCAUCAGAAAUCUUAACUAGCUUAAAUAAAUUGGCUGGUUAUGAUCCUGAUGAAGAGAUUGAACUUUAUGAGGAGAUUACGUUUGAACCAACUGUCAUGUGUGAGCCUGUCGACAAGAAAUUAACAUUUCAAGAAAGUGAGGUAUAACACAUACCCAGUUGUACACUAAGUUACUGCAUCAUUGGUUUU